GCGGAUGGUGACUCGUGAGUUUUGAUUGAGUGGAGUUGACUCGUGUUUGUAGUGACGGACCACGCGCACGAAGAUGAGCGUCUUCCAGCGGUGCGUUUUCCAAAGGCUUCUUCAGCAGGUGUCCUCAGGAGCGAGCGCGGCGACCGGACUGGCACCGGCGUCCACCCAGAGCGCGCUUUGGAGAGGGCGCGUAACGACUGGAGCAGGUCACAGGAAUAAAUCAAGUGGCCCGUGCGUAAAGGAGAGGACGUUCAUAGCGGUAAAACCAGAUGGAGUUCAGAGGCGUCUUAUCGGACAAAUUAUCCAUCGUUUUGAGAGACGAGGAUUCAAGCUCGUUGGAAUGAAACUGUUGCAGGUUUCCAAGGACCUCCUGUCUGAGCACUACUGCCAGCUGACCAAGAAGCCCUUUUACCCAGAUCUGGUGGACUACAUGACCUCAGGACCCGUGGUUGCAAUGGUGUGGGAGGGGCCCGACAUUGUGAAGACCUCUAGGAUGAUGGUGGGACACACAAACCCAGCAGAGGCCCACGCCGGAACCAUCCGAGCAGAUUUCAGCUUUCAUAUCAGCAGGAACGUGGUCCAUGCUAGUGACUCAACGGAGGGCGCACAGAGAGAGAUCCAGCUGUGGUUCGAUGGAAAAGACCUGCUGAACUGGGACUGCAUAGACCAGAGUGUUACUAGUGAACUGUGAGGGACCGUAACCCUAACGAACGCAGAGAGGAACCAUGAUUCUACCUCUUCUCCUGCUGCUCUAUCUGUUUUUGAUCAGAUAAUUUGUAACUUAAUUGUCAAAAUAAUUUAUAUGAGCCAAAGAGAACGUUUUUUUAAUGUGUUUAUUAAAUAUAUUCAGUACAUGUGCACUUCCUGUGCUGGUGCUUCAUUACUGGGCUUCAGGUGAAAUCACAACAUUGUAUUGUAUUUCUCUAUAUUGUAUGUAUUACUAAGAUUAAAGCACAUAUGACAGUUUGGACUACUUAUUUCACAGUUAAAGUAAAUAUAUUUAAGAUUUACUAAACAAAUCUUGCCUAAUUUUUUCCUCUUUUUAAAAAUUUUGAUGAAGUAUAUAGUUUUAUGUCAUUGUAGGACAUGGACAGAGGAUAUGACAUAAUGUAAACAAAGGCUUGUCUAGAUUACGCAAUAGUUAUGAUAAGAAUAAUGAAAACCGACGCCCACACUUUGUUUUUUGAAAUAAAAUCAGUUCAAUUACAUAGAUAGUUAUUCUGUUUUUGUAACUACUAUUACUUCUUACUUCCUACUUUUCUUUUGACUUAAUUGAUAUAAAACUAUGAUAAAUAUUUACCACAGGUAUUAUCCCACCAAACCAAGUCAUAACUGGAAAAGAAGGAAAAACAGUCAUAUGCACUAAUAUGCAGUUUUAUGUGUGGUUGGAUUAUAUAGCAGGAUUACAGCACAGUAAGUAAUUUGUUUCUUAUGUCAAUCUUUAAAGGGACAGUUUGGAAUUUUGGACAUAGUGGCUCAUUUCCUAGUUAGCCAGAGUGUUUUCCAUCCAGUCCUUGUAUUUGCAGAGGUUGUUGGUGCUAGGCUAG